GAACUGCAGGUAGUCCGCCAUUGCUGUAUGAAGAACUGUCGGAUUUGGUGUUUGGCAGUCAACAAUAAACUUGUUGUGCCGGGACCCGGAGCUACGAGGUCGGGUGAAAUCUCGUAGGCUGCUCCUUAAACCAGUAGUCGGCCCAGUCCCUCCCUGGACAACACUUUCAUGUGAAUACGGAGCCCACGGACGAGGCAACCAUGUCCAAUCUCAGCAAAGGCGGCACCAAGAAGGACACCAAAAUGAGGAUACGGGCCUUUCCUAUGACGAUGGACGAGAAGUAUGUCAACAACAUCUGGGACCUUCUGAAGAAUGCCAUCCAGGAAAUUCAGAGGAAGAACAACAGCGGUCUGAGCUUCGAGGAGCUUUAUCGGAACGCCUACACGAUGGUGCUCCACAAACACGGAGAGAAACUGUACACCGGCCUACGUGAAGUUGUUACUGAACACCUUAUUAACAAAGUACGAGAAGAUGUUCUCAAUUCCCUUAAUAAUAACUUCCUCCAAACCCUAAAUCAGGCCUGGAAUGACCACCAGACAGCCAUGGUGAUGAUUAGAGACAUCCUGAUGUAUAUGGAUCGAGUGUACGUACAGCAGAACAAUGUAGAGAAUGUCUACAACCUGGGCCUUAUCAUAUUUAGGGAUCAGGUGGUCCGCUAUGGCUGCAUCAGAGACCACCUACGACAGACCCUGCUAGACAUGAUUGCACGUGAGAGGAAGGGGGAGGUGGUGGACAGGGGGGCCAUUAGAAAUGCCUGCCAAAUGUUAAUGAUCCUUGGCCUUGAAGGGAGAUCUGUUUAUGAAGAAGACUUUGAAGCACCGUUUUUAGAAAUGUCUGCAGAAUUUUUCCAGAUGGAAAGCCAAAAGUUCCUUGCAGAAAACAGUGCCAGUGUGUACAUAAAGAAGGUGGAAGCCAGGAUUAAUGAGGAGAUUGAACGGGUAAUGCACUGCCUGGAUAAAUCCACAGAGGAGCCCAUCGUCAAGGUGGUGGAACGCGAGCUCAUCUCCAAACACAUGAAGACCAUCGUAGAGAUGGAGAACUCAGGCCUAGUCCACAUGCUGAAGAACGGCAAAACAGACGAUUUGGCAUGCAUGUACAAGCUGUUCAGCAGAGUUCCCAAUGGGCUGAAGACCAUGUGUGAGUGUAUGAGCUCAUACCUGCGGGAGCAGGGCAAGGCCCUGGUGUCAGAGGAAGGAGAAGGAAAAAAUCCUGUGGACUAUAUCCAGGGUUUGCUGGACCUGAAGUCCCGUUUUGACCGUUUCCUCCAGGAGUCCUUCAACAAUGACCGCCUCUUUAAACAAACUAUUGCUGGCGAUUUUGAGUACUUCCUUAAUCUGAACUCUCGCUCGCCUGAAUAUCUCUCACUCUUCAUCGAUGACAAACUGAAGAAGGGUGUUAAAGGGCUGACAGAGCAAGAAGUGGAGUCUAUACUGGACAAGGCCAUGGUGCUCUUCCGCUUCAUGCAGGAGAAAGACGUGUUUGAGAGGUACUACAAGCAGCACCUGGCUCGCAGGCUGCUCACCAACAAGAGCGUCUCUGACGACUCAGAAAAGAACAUGAUCUCAAAGCUGAAGACUGAGUGCGGCUGUCAGUUCACAUCUAAACUGGAGGGCAUGUUCAGAGAUAUGAGCAUCUCCAACACCACCAUGGAUGAGUUUAGACAACAUCUACAGACGACUGGGGUGUCACUCGGAGGGGUCGACCUCACCGUUAGAGUCCUGACCACGGGAUACUGGCCAACGCAAUCAGCAACACCCAAGUGCAAUAUCCCCCCUUCACCUCGACAUGCAUUUGAAGUUUUCAGAAGGUUUUACCUUGGCAAGCACAGUGGGAGACAGCUCACCCUGCAGCACCAUAUGGGCUCUGCAGAUCUAAAUGCCACCUUCUACGGGCCAAUUAAAAAGGAGGAUGGGUCAGAGGUUGGAGUGGGUGGUGCCCAGGUGACAGGCUCCAAUACCAGAAAGCACAUCCUGCAAGUGUCCACCUUUCAGAUGACCAUUCUCAUGCUUUUCAACAACAGAGAGAAGUCCACCUUCGAGGAGAUCCAGCAGGAGACAGACAUCCCAGAGAGGGAGUUGGUGCGAGCGCUGCAGUCUCUGGCCUGUGGCAAGCCAACGCAGAGAGUUCUCACCAAGGAGCCAAAGUCCAAGGAGAUUGAAAAUGGCCAUGUGUUUACAGUCAAUGACCAAUUUACCUCCAAACUGCACCGUGUCAAAAUUCAGACAGUGGCUGCUAAACAGGGGGAGUCUGAUCCGGAGAGGAAAGAGACACGGCAGAAAGUGGACGACGACAGGAAGCAUGAAAUCGAAGCUGCCAUCGUUCGCAUCAUGAAGUCUAGAAAGAAGAUGCAGCACAAUGUCCUGGUAGCAGAGGUCACACAGCAGUUGCGAGCACGAUUCCUUCCUAGUCCUGUAGUCAUCAAGAAACGCAUUGAAGGACUCAUUGAGAGGGAGUAUUUGGCAAGAACACCAGAGGAUCGCAAAGUGUACACUUAUGUAGCAUAAAACAAAUGAAUUCAAUGAAAGCUAGCCUUGAGUUGAAAGAAGCUGAGGGUCUUUUUUUUUUUUUUUUUGUGGACUGCUAUGUGUUUGAACGAACUUGGAAGUGCUUUCAUUGUUGAUUCUGGGAAACACUGGGAAGGUUAACAUUUCUUCCAUAAAAAUGUGUUUUAAAAAGAAAAAGGAAAAAAAAAAUCAUGCAAAAGAUGGUGAAGUUUUCUAGCAAUAUUAGAUUUCUUCAGUUGAGAAAUGAAAGGAGGGAGUCUAGUUUUGUAUAAAAUCAUGCUUCUUGUGGCCUUUGGAGAGAACUCGGAGAGCCUGUUUGCGGGUUAACGACGCGCCGUCACCGAACGAGCGAAAACACAUUAAAGCGAGCGCGCGGCUACAUGGAGACCAAGAAAACAUUUGAACUCACUCCCCUGUUUUAAAUGUUGAUGUCAAUGUGUUCUGUUUGUGUUUUUGUGGCACAAUAAUGGCUGUACAGGUUGACAGAUAGGCCUUUUCCUCUCAGAGGACUUUUUAGAUUUAAAGAAGAGGACAAAGUGUUAACUGGUACAGACCUGGUUUACAACAGCAGUGAAAUACAUUUUGAGUACUUGAGAAAACAUGAGUGCUUAAUUUAUGUUGCAAAUAAGGUCUGUUUUGGGGAUUGUUUUAAUAUCUGCUAUGAAUUAUGUCCAUCUCACAGCUGAACUAUUUAAUGCCAUUUUCAUUUUGCCAGGUCUGUACUAGUGGUUAUAGAGAUCAAGGGCUGUUGCUUCACAGCAUGCUUUUAUCUAAUGGAUCAAUCAGGGGAAUAAGACACACAUGAAAUCCCAUAAAAGGUGUUUGGACUCUCAUGACACAUUUUUUUCACUUAAGGCCUGCUGUAUGAUAGGCCCAAAAAAAGGAUGAUCUCCUCUCUCUGAAUGGAAGGUUCCUGGUGGUGCAGGUCUGCAAAGAGGAUAUUUUUCGUUCUCAACUGCAUUUUUGAUCAAGUGGAACCAGUUUAGCACCAUGUUCUAAUGUGUACAAAUUGUAAAAUAAAUAUUGUACUCACUGCGAAGGUGGAUUGUACAGGGCCUUGUUUUCAUCAUAUUAAA